UAAAUUGUUAUUUUAUUGUAAUUGUCUUUAAAACUGAUGACAAUGUGUACCAAAAUUGUUAAAUCAUUGAUAACUUUAGUGAUAAUAAUGAUAUCGAUGUCUGACAACAUAAAUUGCAGUUCAGUGUGUGAAUCGGUGGCACCCAAUGGCAUAUACCGUGGCUCAUGUAUGUACAGACACUGGUCGACUGUAAAGACAGGGCACCUGGAUCAAUUGAUGUUAUAUACCAGAGUUAAUACCACAACAACACAUGAGUGGCAAUUGAUCAUUAAUGAGACCACUGUAUCGGUGAAUGAGUUGACAUUCAAAUCGCUGAACACACCGAUUGUCUAUAGAUUUGGUGCUAUAUUUAGGUUUCAAUACUUAGGAAUUCGUAUAGAAGACAGUUAUUAUUGUUAUUCUACUUUUACGGAUCCUAAUGGUGAUGAUAGUAAAUCAGAUCAGAUAACUAAAUGUGAAAUCCCAAAACAACAUUCAAAUUAUUCAAUCCUUGAAAAUAGAUUUGACAUUCAAUAUCCGGCAAAUGCUAUCAUAUUUAGUCCACGAGUUGUCAAAUGGACUGAAGAAUUGGAUCUAACAUAUCAUAUGGUUUAUGAUAAGCGUAACAACAAAUGUGUGAAAUUACUUCACAUAAAAGUUAAUAUCUUUAAAAUCAAAUUACUGGAAAUGGGAUGCAAUGAAUGUAAGGAACCAAAGUGUAAACAACCGAUAUUUUUAGAUCAACUCAACCAACAAUUACAUCAAAGUCUCGAAAGUAUUGUCGACUACGGAUCCGAGUAUUAUAUACUAAUAUUUGUCAUCAAUGGUCGACCACUAUAUUGUUGGCAAUUACAGGACCACCUGCUAAAUGAAACCUGCAAAUCAAGUAAAACAAUGUCAAAUCUAUUGCCUAAUUGUGUCAUCAAUGAAGACAAAUACAACGACGACAACCAAACAGACAAUACAAUAUAUGUAAUAAUACUAAUUGUUUUGGUGAUCAUUGCUGUCAUUUUCGCUGUCAUCGACAUAGUAUUAAUCGGUAAAAGAUAUCGACAACAAAAGUAUAUUAUUGGACAGCAAUGGAGUACAGAGGAACAGACUAUUCAUACAAUGUUAAGAAAAUCAUCGACAAAAACACAAACUUUGCUAUGA